GCGUUGUAUCAUUAGACCGCCUCAAGCCCGCCUACAUUUAUGAAGACUCGGACGACUACACAGCUUCAAACACGACGAGUACGAGUACUACUGCUAUACCUGUUCUUGUUUCAACACAGCCUCAGCGACCAUACAUCACAAGAUAUGGCAGGAGCGUCAAGCCAAAUGUACACUUCGCUACAGGGGGAGUCAUAUAGGUGCUUAGCAACACACGUGCUGAACAUUACAAUCGGCAAGUGACUGUCUAUACAAAUAUCACAGGAACAAGACGACAAGAUGUUGCGAGAAGGACAGAACGAGUAACACCGCUAGCCAAUGGACGUCGGGCGGGAAAGAGACAGCGCCACUGCGGUUAGAGUAGGAUGAAGUAAUGCUUGCCUAUAAAUUGCGGAGAAUUCUGUAAAUAAAUCAGUCUAAACUUAUCGGCCUUUCCCUUCACAUCUACUAAUAGUGCGAUCCCAACAAUACUAUUUAACGGUAACCGCGUCGCGACUUCAGUCCCGACGGUGAAUUUUAAAUAUAUGGAAACAAUAUGAAAAAUUUAAAAUUAACUACAUAAUAUUUUUUUUGUAAUCCUACAAAAUUUUGCUAAUCAGAAAAAAAGGCCUGCGGGAUUACUGCAUCGACCUCUGGGAUUUAAUUUAUAUCCGAGAUCGUAUUAUAUAAUUUAGAUGAUCUAUAAUUGACGGUAAAACUUGCACCAAAGAGAAGCGGUUACAGUCUACCAUAUACAGUAUAGAUACAGAAGAAAUAAUAGUUCAUACGUAGAUUACGUAUUUGAUGUGCGCAGACGCAGGCACCUGUACUGUACGAUUGCAGUGUUUAGUGUACAAUGAUCGCGCGCGCAACUCUCGCGUACUUACUGCUGUGCGCAGGCGCCACUCUCGCGCAGGAUUCAACAUGGGUAGAAGUGUCACCAAAUCCCGAAGAUCCACCCGACGUUGAGAGGCGGUACACCUCUGAACUGGUGGAGGAGUUACGAAAUGCCAACGACGACGCCCUGCUGCUGUACACGGAGUACUCCUCGAAGUCUGGCGAGAGACUGGCCAUCUUCCUUCAGGAUAUGAGGGGAUUCGUCUCGCAAACGAUGACAGCAUUGGAGAACGAGAUAGACUUUAACGCUCCCGAUUCGUGCCGCAACCAGCUGAAGGACAAGCUCAACAAUAUAGAGUACAACGCGCGCAGAGCGGCUCACUUCAGCGCCGAGAAUCAUCACAAGUUCCUGCUGGGUCACAUGAUCGUCUUCCGUAUGCACCUCAACAAGAAAUCACCCCGAGUGCAGCGCUGGCGGCGCCACGCUGCCGACGAGCUGCACAGAUUCAGAGACGACCUGCAGCAUUCCAGGAGGUCGUAUCGGGACCUCCUCACUCACGCCCACCGAAAACUGAACCAUAUCAGGCGGCAAGUGAACAAGAGUGCCAAGGAGGCGAUCGACGCGUUCCGAAUUUGCGCAAAAAAAUAAUACACAAUGCAUCCAGAAAUCGGAGUAUUAAAAUUCAGUUUAUGAUUUUAAUAUUAGGCGCUUACGCGAUUUCUUUACUGUAAUUGCAAUAUUUUGUAUUGAUACUUCUAUUUUGUUAGUGGUUUGUUUUUUUUUAAUUAUACAAUAAGUUCGAAGGUAAUCUAUGGAGCUGCCAUGAUAUUAAUCUGUAAUUUCAGGUAGUCUACAAUGAAAUGAAAUUCCGUAUUUUCGGGCUCAACUUCGUGUUUUAGUUCGUACCGAAAUCGUUCCAGUAAAUGGAGCUUAACAUUUCAUUUAUCAUAAAUCCUAUCCUAAUAGUCCAGAAGAACGAUAUUUUAACAUUUUUAAUAAUUUUAAACGGCAUGUAUUAUGUAAUUUUAACAUCAAAUUUCUGUUUCGUUCGUGCCCGAAAUUUCGGAAAAUAUUUCAUGGUAGGCCCUCAGAUCCCAAUUUCGUGCGACGAUGAGACACGUCUAUAUCGAAAUGAGGAUACUUUUUGAUCGUUCGUUUUAUGUAGACUGCAAAAAACGAUGGAAACAUACUUGUUAUAAACAUACGUUGGAUUUUUAUUUAUAUAUGUUAAUUGAUUACUCCAUUAUUUAUAAAUCGAUUUGGAAAAUAGGUUUGUAAAUCUUUUUUUUUUUUCAUCUAAAAGUAUAUUUUUUCAAAUUGGGUCCUUAGAGAUUUUACAAAAAUUGUUUUAGUAGUUUAGUUUUUAAAUGAAUAUAACUGGUCUUCUCUCGAUUGAAGUCGGUUUUUUGUGGAAAAUAAAUUUAAUAUUAUGCGGCAUAUUUUAACAUCAAGUUCUUGUUUUUUUUUUUGUUUUAUAAUUUUAGAUUUUUUUUUUAAACUGACCGUGCAUAUUCUGUCUGUCAAGUGAAUCCGUUUUAAAGUCAUCUUUAUCGCAGUAUUUAUUUGUUCAAUUAUAUAAAUACCCAAAAGGUUUCACUUUGGGAAAUCAGUUUUUUUUUUAUUUGAUAUCUCGUGAUCUGAAAUUAUAUUUAAAUAGCUUAUUAACGAAUUAAUAUUUAUUGGAUUAUAAAUUCCUACAUAAUAUCAAAUUUUUAAUGUAAUACUUAAAAUUAAUAGGUACUGAAAAGAUGUAAAAAGUUCCUUCUAGUUACAUUUAGUCACAAUUUUUUUAUUGGAUAAAAUAUUGGCAAAUUUUUUUUGAGAUUUAAACUAUUGUUGAGGUGUGUUUUUGUGUUAUUUGGAACUUAUUUAUUACGUCUACCUAUGCGAUAUGGUUUUGUGAGUAUCAUGGCAAAUAAAUAAAUAAUUUAAUUAGUUAUUCUUUAUUGACCAUAUCGUCAUAGUCGUAGAAUACUGACGGAUCUGACAAAGAUUACAUAUAAAGAUCCGUCAGUAUUCUACGACAAUGACGAUAUUACAAAAGAAUGUUUGAUACAAAAGGCGGACUUAAUACUAUAUAGCUUUCUCUUCCAGUCAACCUUUGGCAAAACAGAAACGUAAUUAUGCAUUGAAAUAUCAAUUAAUUGGAAAAUUAAAUUGCACGAAACAUUAGAUUGCUAUAGAAAUAAAAAUUCAGGACGUACAAUGAAAUUAUGUGCCUAAUUUAAAUGAAAAUAAAGUGACACGUACGAGAACUCUUUAGGGUCCAAGCAGAUUAAAUUAUUUGAGUAGUAGUGAAUAACAAUUUAAUUGCGUUUCAGAGAAAUCAGCUGCUAUUUACAGCAAUUAUUUUGCAUAUUGUACCAGCCUUGUCCUUAUAAUAUAAAAUAAUAGAUAUUCAGUUAAACUUUGUGCCAUAUAUAUCGAGUCUCAAGUUUCAAAUAAAAUAAAAUGAGACAUUUUUAUAAAAUAUAAACCCUUUAUGAUUUAUUUAGGUUUUUAUUAAAUUUAUUGGCCUAUACUUUUCGUUACUAGACUUAUAAAUAUAUAUAUAACUUUUGUACUAUUAGUUUUUUUAGGUACUUGCAUAGUACCGGGUACAGAGGCAUAGCAUCUUAGUUCUCAAGAAUGGCAACGCAUGAGGGGUAUCAUGGGCGAAACAGUAUACUCUGUUAUGUCCAUAGUACUGCUCAUGUCUAUACCAUUUUCCAUCAGGAGGCCGUCAGCUUGUUUGCCAUUCUAAGUUGCAUAAAAAAAUCUAAAUUCUUAUGGCCAGUAUUUUUUUUAGUAUCUAAGUUAUGUAAUUAGUGCAUAAAGAAAAAUUUAAUUUAAAAAUUAUGUAAAAAUAUUUGAUAUUUAUUUAUGGAAUUGUCGAUUGCGCCUGAAUUAGUCAAUGUUGAAUUGUAAAAAUUAUUGGUUUUAUGAAAUUUAUGAUUAUGUAAAUAUGUGUAUAGGUGUUUUUGAAUGAUAGAAAUACAUGCAAUAUUGCACACAGCGAAAACUGAUAAUGCAAGAUUAAAAGAAUUCCCAAGUCACAAAAACUGAUGAUCAGUCUCAUUUAUCAAACGACUUUUGGAAAAGAGGAAAUUUGCAAUUUGGUGUUUCUUUUUUAUGUUUGUUACCUCAUAAUUCUCUCAGUUAUAAAUAAAUUUGUAAUUUUUAUCAUCUAAAAAAAAAUACUUACAGAUUGAUUUAGAAAAAUUUUAUCAAAAUCGGUGAAGUAGUUUUUAAAUGAAAAUUACCGUUUUUUUUUUACAAUUUUAGCAGGUUUUUUUUGUGAAUUACAAUCUUAAAUUAUAUCUCUUAAAGAUCAGUUUUAACAGAACGUGCAAUAAGCCUGAGGAUGAUAUAAAUUACCUAGAGGUUCUUAACUUAUAAUUCUACUAUUUUCUGAUUUCAGUUUAAAAUUACAUACCUAUCUUAGAGACCAAUUCAUUAAACAGCAAAACUGCAUACAAAAUGUAGACAGUUUUUAAAUUUAUAUUUAUUGUUAGAAUAUACAUAUAUGUAUGUAUAUAAAUAGCUAAUUAUAUGCUGAAAUUAUGUAUAUAAAUCAGUAUUCGGUAUAUUUUACAACUAGUAAAUAGGUUUGUCGCUACAUAUUUGGAGGUUAAAAUGUAAUAUAUUUUUCAUAACAAUUAUUAGUAUAUUAAUUAUACUACUAUUUACCAAGUGUAAUAAAUCGCAAUGUUUUCAAGUUACUUCAUUAAUUUCUAAUUAAGAAAUGUCCACUGUGAUAGUGUGUGGUUGCAUUCCACAAGAUAUAAUUUCUUUCCAACAUGAGUGUAUUUUUUAAAAAGUUGGUGUAUAUAUAUAUAUAUAUAGAGAAGAUUUGUGAAAAAUUAAAACUAUGUGGUACAUUUCUGUAUUUAUUAUAUUGCAUCUAUAAAUAUUUUUUAUGCAUGAUUAAAUAAGAUUUGAAUUAAUUUGGAAUAAAUUAAGUGGAAUGUAAAAAAAAUCUUUAACCAAACCAAGUCGGUUUGGAGGGAUGGUGCAAGAGAAAUUAGAGAAGUAAGAAAAGUGAGCCAAAAGUACAAUUUGUUGGAGCUUAUCGAUGUUUAUUUAAUAAUCACGGUAUCCAUUAGAGAUAGAAGUGAAUUUGUAAUAAUUUAAAAUAAAUAUAAUUUGUUAGAUGUUGCACGUCCUAUAGGGCGGCAGUAAUCACUUACCAUCAGGUCAGCCGUAUGCUCGUUUGCGCCCUCUAUUAUAAAAAAGGUGGAAUCCACAUUUUGACGCCACAUUUUAAUGCAAUCAAUUCCUCUCAGGCUUUCUAAAUAGCGCAAACAAAUAGUAAAUUAAUAUAUCGUCAUAGUCGUAGAAUACUGACGGAUCUUUAUAUGUAAUAUUUGUCAGAUCCGUCAGUAUUCUACCACUAUGACGAUAUUAGUAGAUACGCUUUACCGCGCACAUGAUUAAGGCUACCGGAUGUUGCUGUCUCGUUCUAUCUUAUGCACGCCGUAGCGAGAACGUCUCUAUAGAAAGUUCUAAUUUGCCUGAUUAAUGAGCUGCACUCAAAUGGAUACCUAGCUUUAGAAUAAAUUUGUUAUUGUUAUAAUAUUUAUUACGAAACAUUUUGUAACGAAUGUAACGAAUUAUAUAAUUACAAGGAGAUAAAAAUA